GGCACUGUGCAAGCUCUGCUUACACCCAAUUUCCUUCCAUCCAAUCAGGCGAUCCUUGAGAGCGGACGGGAAUGUCGGGCUGUUUAUGAGGAGCCUACAGGAUGGGAGGAGGAGGGAGAAUUUCGGCCACUCCACCUGUUAUAAGCCUUCUUCGUCUCUUGCAUACUCACUGCGCAUCAAAGAGGAACCCGAUCUGGAAAGCGACCCAGAGUCACCCCUCAGCCAUAACCAAAGCUGCAGCCCCAAUGACGUUUUCAGAAAUGCUUCCAGUUCCUGGAAUUCCAAAACUCAUUUGGGAGCCCUGCUGAAGCUCAAAACCAGAAAUGAAGCUAGUGAGCACCUUAAAGAUAUACCCAGGUUGUUGGAAGCUGCUGGACUUUUGACAAAGUCACUUGCCUGUGAGAAAGGAAACCUCCAGCAGUCCUGCAGAGACCAAAGCCUUUCUCUGUCUCAUUCACCAUCCUUUGACCUAAAGAUUCCCCAGGUCCGAGUUUUGGCUACAGGAACAGAUUCGUCAUGGGACUCCGUGUCCACUGAAUAUUCAGGUUCACUUUAUGAGAAUGGCCUGGGAAAGAAGCUUUGUUCCAUUCUACCUAGGCAGAUCCAGAAAACCACCAGCAGCAGCAACAGAGGUUUAAAUAGCUCAGGUUUGGAGAAGGAAUACUGGAGUUUUACCUCUGACUGCCAAGCUUUGGGGGGGAACUAUCCAGUGGAUUCAGAGUCAGACCUAAGUAACAAGCAGCCUAGGAAGAAACGAGGGCGAUAUCGACAGUACAACACAGACCUGCUAGAAGAGGCCAUUGUGGUGGUGAUGGGUGGGAAAAUGAGUGUUUCUAAAGCGCAAUCGAUUUAUGGCAUCCCACACAGCACCCUGGAAUACAAAGUUAAAGAACGUCUGGGGACCUUAAAAAAUCCCCCCAAAAAGAAAAUGAAGCUGAUAAGCCAGGUGGAAGAACCCAGCGUUUCACUGUCCCCCAAACAAAAGGAUCUCCAAAGUUCCCAGCACAGUCUUUAUGACAAAAAAGAGAGUGCUUCUGAAGAGAGUGGGACUGAUUUUCGUGACUGCAGCCUCUUAUCAAACGAGUGACGCAUCCACAACAUACUAACUGCGGUGUACUUUUUAAUCAUGGUGUUUGCCAGACCGUGGCAAUACCCGUCUUUAUUGCAUCUCUAAUAGUUCUAUUUAUUAUUAACUUAUUUAAUUUUUAUCACUAAAUUUAGCACUUAUUACAUUAAAAAUGUUUGCAUAGGGCGUAAACACACAAGUGUCUCCCAGUAUGUUGUGGCUUGGAGGGCAUGCUUUUUAUUUUAGAAUUAUUGAAAUACAAUAGCAUGCUGGUAAUUAAGUUUUAGUUAUUGAUUCAAAUUAAGCUUUAAAAAUUCACUCCUUGCUCUGUUCUUUACAGAGCCAAACUGAAGCUUGUACAAGGAUGUGGCGCCCCAUAGUGUUCUCUCUUGAUAUUGGUCAUGUUCAAAUGAAAUAGUUCCAAGUAUGCAGAGCCUGUAGUUUGGGUGAAAACAUAUGAAGUAAAUUAAUGCAUGGAACGACUCUAAAAGUCUCAAAGUUUACAGAUAUCGUUGGAAACAGACAGCGGGAAGUAUGGCUGCAUACUAGCCUAUUAUUUAUAUAAAUGUAUAAGAUAUGGAAUAUAGCAUAAUGUCAUUCUGGACUUUAUCUGCCUUUAAAAAAAUCCUAAUUCCGCUCAUCCUCACAAGCACAGUGUUUUUUUCCACUACUUCUACUUAGUUCUGUACAUUUUACUCUGCUAUAUGAUUGGCAAUAGUUUCCAUUGCGUUCUAUACACUCAGGUUAUGUUUAAAACAAUGCAUUACUACACACACAUCUAGACAGUUAUACCUCAGCUACAUACCUCAGCUCAAUCAUUGCCGAAGAAAUCCCCUGUAAUAGUAAAGGAUUGAAUAUCCAAAUAAGCCUUUUUUUAAUGGUAACAUUCAGGAUGUCAUACUGAUGAGUGUGUGUCCUUCUCUCGUCUUAACAACCUUAUUUUCAUUAAUCUGUAGUAUUUCAGUGCUAGUGUAAGCCUGCAGAGCAUUACAUUUCUGUGUGAUUUUUUUUUUUUUUUCAAUGUUUUGGGGGGUUUUUUGGUUGGUUUUUUCCUCUUUCUUCAAACUUCAGGUAUUCUAUCGUGAGAUGUGAUACAAACCUUUCUGCUAUCUUUUGUCAUAAAAAUACUGCAUACAUACAAUAUACACAUACACCCAUGAGAGAUAAUAAAAUAAUAUUUUUUUUUGGUCAUUCUAUAGUGAGUACGAUAACUGUAACUAAAUCUGGUUACAACCAUGCCUCAGUCCAUGCUUACCCUGUUUUCAAGUUGCCAUGGCAAAAAUUCAAUGAAAAAAUACAUUGAUUGGCUGUAUUCAUUAAUUGAAUGUAAAAUGUUAGGUUAGGCUUUUUUUCUUGUUACCGUUAUGGCUUUUGUGAAUAGAUUGUUCAUUUGCACAUGAGUGCACACAUACUGGGAUGUGGGUUUUUUGUUUUUUUUUUCAAUUGAUUAGAUGAUAGUGUACCAAAAAUGUGUUUAUGUUUGGACAACAACAA